UAUAAGAGCCAGAGCGCUGCGGCCGGAGCCUAUUGUUAGCCGGAGCCGGGGCGGUUCUGGGCGUCUGCUACCGGGGGCGCCUGAGUUUGCUGGAGCCGCCCGCCCUCCGCCGCCUGCCGGCCGACCUGCCCACCCGCCCUCCCUCCCAGCCCUGCCGCCCUGGGAACUCCCCGACCGUCGCCGCGGGCCCGGGACUCGCUAUCUCCUCUCUCCUUCCCACCCGGGCUAGGGCGGCGGCGGCGGCAGCGGGGGCGGCAGAGACCAUCACGGGAGGAGGCAGCUGCGGCGGGGCCGGGGAUGAUGGCAGACCAGCCGAGCCCUAUUUUAUGGAGCUAUAUGAGAUCGGAAAAGCUUCUGGGUUUCGAAGGCAGUGCAGAUUCUAAUCUUCAGUCCAUUCUUUACAACCACAUUUGAUCUUUGUAGGAGGCCGGUGAGAAUCUUCACCCUUGUGAAGAUCUAGAAUCCUAAUGCGCCUGGCUAACUGGUGGUGAGCAGGGGCUUUGGGGCCAACGCCGUGGGCUCCCCAAGGAAACCCCUUUGAAACCAAUGGAUGCAUUCACGGGCUCGGGUCUCAAGAGGAAGUUUGAUGAUGUGGAUGUGGGCUCAUCAGUUUCCAACUCCGAUGAUGAGAUCUCCAGCAGUGACAGUGCUGACAGCUGUGACAGUCUCAAUCCUCCUACAACUGCCAGCUUCACACCCACAUCCAUCCUCAAGCGGCAGAAGCAGCUGCGGAGGAAGAAUGUGCGCUUUGACCAGGUGACCGUUUACUACUUUGCCCGACGCCAAGGCUUCACGAGUGUGCCCAGCCAGGGUGGGAGCUCUCUGGGCAUGGCCCAGCGCCAUAACUCCGUGCGCAGCUACACGCUCUGUGAGUUUGCUCAGGAGCAGGAGGUGAACCAUCGGGAGAUUCUUCGUGAACACCUGAAGGAGGAGAAGCUCCAUGCCAAGAAGAUGAAGCUGACCAAGAAUGGGACGGUGGAGUCAGUGGAGGCCGACGGCCUGACCCUGGAUGAUGUUUCAGAUGAAGAUAUUGACGUGGAAAACGUGGAGGUGGAUGAUUACUUCUUCCUGCAGCCCCUGCCCACCAAGCGGCGCCGAGCCUUGCUGAGGGCUUCGGGGGUCCACCGCAUCGAUGCCGAAGAGAAACAGGAGCUUAGAGCCAUCCGCCUGUCACGGGAAGAGUGUGGUUGCGACUGUCGCCUGUACUGUGACCCAGAAGCCUGUGCCUGUAGUCAGGCUGGGAUUAAAUGCCAGGUGGAUCGCAUGUCCUUUCCGUGCGGUUGUUCCCGGGAUGGCUGCGGGAACAUGGCGGGGCGCAUUGAAUUUAAUCCGAUCCGGGUCCGGACUCAUUACCUCCACACCAUCAUGAAGCUGGAGCUGGAGAGCAAGCGGCAGGUGAGCCGCCCGCCAGCCCCGGACGAGGAGCCCUCACCCGCCGCCGGUUGCAGCCUGACGGGAGCCCAGGGCUCCGAGACACAGGACUUCCAGGAGUUCAUUGCUGAGAACGAGACGGCGGUCAUGCACCUGCAGAGUGCAGAGGAACUGGAGCGGCUCAAGGCAGAGGAAGACUCCAGCGGCUCUAGCGCCAGCCUGGACUCCAGCAUCGAGAGCCUGGGCGUGUGCAUCCUGGAGGAGCCGCUGGCCGUGCCCGAAGAGCUGUGCCCGGGCCUCACAGCCCCCAUCCUCAUCCAGGCUCAGCUGCCCCCGGGCUCCUCGGUCCUGUGUUUCGCCGAGAACUCAGACCACCCGGCCGCCUCGGCAGUGAACAGCCCGUCCUACUUGAACGGUGGGCCCCUGGUCUACUAUCAGGUGGAGCAGAGGCCAGUCCUGGGGGUGAAAGGAGAGCCUAGCGCGGAAGAAGUCCCGCCUUCUUUCCCCAAGGAGAAGGAUCUGAACGUCUUCUCUCUCCCGGUUACCUCACUGGUGGCUUGUAGCCCCACAGACCCAGCUGCCCUGUGUAAGUCAGAAGUGGGGAAAGCGUCCACCCUAGAGGCGCUAGUGCCCGAAGGCUGUAACCCUGACGAGCCUGAGAGCGAAGACUUCCGCCCCUCUUGGUCCCCCUCGAGCCUCCCCUUCCGCACGGACCAUGAAGAGGGCCGUGUGGUGGAGAAAACCUCACAGCAGAGUGAGGACAGGCCCCCCGAAGAUUCUUCCCUAGAACUCCCUCUGGCAGUGUGACCCGGGGAUGGAGAUUCUGCCUCUGACCCAUUCUCUAUUUAUUCCCUUAUUUUAUCUAACACCGUUUCAAAACAAAACUGUAGAAGCA